AUGUCCGCCGACGGCCGGACACGUCCAGCCUCUGCCCCCAGCGAAUCGCACGCCGCCACGUCGCCCCUGCACCUCCCCCGCCGCCGUGGCCCGCCGCAGCCCAGAUCCGGCCCGCCGUGGGCCGAAACCAGGCCCGCUUCUCCGCCUGCCUCGCGCCCGAGCGCCGCCCGCCGCCAUGCGCCGCCCGACCCCGCCGCCGCGAGCCUCGCCUCCUUCCCCACCGGCCAGCAGGGCCUCGCCGGACGCCGUCCUCGUCUCGCCCGCGGGUCGCGCGCACCCAGGGCGCCCGAGCCUAGCGCCGCCUCCGGCCGGAGCGCCGCGCCCGACGCCGUGUCCCGCCGCCCGCCUCCCGUACGCCGUUGGCCGGCCGGAUCCAGAUCCGCGCCGCCCCGGCCCUGGCUCACCGCCCUCCGCCGCCCCGAGUUCGCCGACCGCCGCCGCCUCCCCGUCGUCCUCGCCGGAGACCACUCCGGCCAGACCCGGGCCGCUGUAUCAUUGUGA